AUGGCUUCUACAUCAGCAGCUGCUGUGUUGCUCGGCAGACAAUUGAAGCAGAUGCAGUCAGACAAAGAUAUACCGGGCAUCAGCUGUGGGCUUGUGGAUAACAACGUCUUCGAGUGGGAAGUUAUGCUCAUGAUCAAUGACGACUGUAAAUACUACGGCGGAGGAUUCUUUCGUGCCCGCCUGUCCUUCCCUCCAGAAUACCCCCUGAUGCCUCCGAAAAUGAAGUUCGAAACCCCAAUAUUUCACCCUAAUAUCUAUCCGACUGGGGAGGUCUGUAUAUCUAUCCUUCAUCCUCCGGAGGAUGACCAAUACGGGUAUGAGUCUGCUGCAGAACGGUGGAGUCCCGUACAAAGUCCCGAGACCAUCCUGAUAUCUGUCAUCAGUAUGUUGAGUUCUCCCAACGACGAGUCUCCUGCGAAUGUGGAUGCAGCCAAAAUGUGGAGGGAGGAUCCCAAAGGUUUCCGGAGAAAGUGUCAACGACUCGUAAGAGAAAGCUUAGGGGACGACUGA